CGCGACCCGAGCCCUGACGGGGGAAGUGGCUCUGCAGACGGGAGUCUGAGUUCCCGCCUGGUCCCGGGACUUGUGCAGAGCGCGAUCCAGGCGUCCCUUCCGGGCUCUGGCUGACUCCCAGGGCUGAGCCCGGACGCCGCCGUCCCGCGCGCCUCGGGGACCUGCAGAAAGCCUGCAGACCCCCGCCCUGCGUUGUGCUGGGUCCCUCGGGGCGCGAGUGCGAGUGUGAGUGUGUGCGCGUGUGUCCGCGCGUGUUUGUGUCUGUGUGUGUGUGUGUGUACGCGCGCUUGUCUGUGUGUGUGCGCGCGGGUCUGUGUGUGUGUGUGCGAGUGUGUGCGCGCGCUUGUGUGUCUGUGUGUGCCAGUGUGUGUGAGUGUGUGCGUGCGCGUGCAAGCGCAGGGCAUCGAGGCGGCUGAGCAGCUGGGCUCCCCUCACCGCGGUCAGCAUUUGCAGUCUUGGGAAAGCAAGAAGGAGACCUGGAGCUCCCCUCGGUGCUGACAUGAUGACAGUGUGCAGGCCGGCCAAGGGCAGCCUCAGCCAGACUGAAAACCUGAGCUACAAAUUGGCUGACAAGGUCAAGGUGGAAGGUCCAAGGACUGAGAAAGACCCUCAAAGGCAUCGCUUAAGUCCUCCAUUCCUUUCCUAGAGACUGAUCAGGAGUUGGGCUUCAGAAGGAGCCCCCUGGAAGGGCUCCGCAACCUCACGCUAGAGUCAAGAAUGGAUAUGUUCAGCUUGGAUAUGAUCAUCAGUGACCCAGCUGCGGAAGCCAGCAGGGCUGGGAAGAAGCAGCUCGGAGGCGUUCAGAACCCUUGCUCAUCUGCCAGAGCCGGACCCCGGCACAAGUCCCUCAACAUAAAGGACAAGAUAUCAGAAUGGGAAGGGAAGAAAGAGGUGCCCGCUCCUGCACCCAGCAGGAGAGCAGAUGCACAGGGGGAUUAUCUGACGUCCUGUCUGGUGGAGAGGAGGAGUAGUGAUGGGGUGAGAACUCAGGUCACAGAGGCUAAGAAUGGAAUGAGGCCAGGAACAGAGAGCACAGAGAAGGAGAGGAAUAAAGGAGCAGUGAACGUCGCGGGACAGGACCCAGAGCCGGGGCAAGGCCUAAGCCAGCCAGACCGGGAAGUGGAUCCUAGCUGGAGCCGAGGCCGAGAGCCAAGACUUGGCAAGCUACGCUUUCAGAAUGAUCACCUCUCGGUGCUGAAGCAGGUCAAGAAACUCGAGCAGGCUUUGAAGGAUGGGUCGGCAGGGCUGGAUCCUCAGCCGCCAGGAACUUGUUAUUCCCCACACUGCCCACCUGAAAAGGCAGAGGCGGGGCCCACCCUUCCUGAGAACCUGGGAGGCGGGAGUGGCUCGGAAGUCAGCCAGAGGGUCCACCCCUCCGACCUGGAAGGCAGGGAGCCUGCCUCUGAGGCUGCGGAGGACAGGAAGGGCUCGUGCAGAAGGCCCUGGGACCGGAGCCUUGAGAACGUGUACAGGGGCUCGGAGGGUUCCCCCACAAAGCCCUUCAUCAACCCUCUGCCAAAACCCCGGAGAACGUUCAAACAUGCCGGAGAAGGGGACAAAGAUGGGAAGCCUGGCAUGGGCUUCAGGAAAGAGAAAAGAAACCUGCCUCCUCUGCCCUCUCUACCUCCCCCGCCUCUGCCCUCCUCUCCCCCGCCGUCCUCUGUGAACAGAAGACUGUGGACUGGGAGACAGAAGUCCAGUGCAGACCACAGAAAGUCCUAUGAGUUUGAAGAUUUACUGCAGUCUUCCUCUGAGAGCAGCAGGGUGGACUGGUACGCGCAGACUAAGCUGGGGCUGACACGUACUUUAUCGGAGGAGAACGUCUAUGAAGACAUUCUAGAUCCGCCAAUGAAGGAGAACCCUUAUGAGGACAUCGAGUUACACGGUCGCUGCCUGGGAAAGAAGUGUGUCUUGAAUUUUCCUGCUUCUCCCACCUCUUCCAUCCCUGACACGCUCACCAAGCAGUCAUUGUCCAAACCUGCUUUUUUCCGACAAAAUUCAGAGAGGAGGAACUUCAAACUGCUGGACACUAGGAAGCUGAGUCGGGAUGGAACUGGGUCCCCUUCCAAAAUCAGCCCCCCCUCCACUCCCAGCAGCCCUGACGACACUUUCUUUAACCUUGGAGACCCACAGAACGGCAGGAAGAAGAGAAAGAUACCUAAGCUGGUGUUGCGAAUCAACGCCAUUUAUGAGGUCCGGAGAGGAAAGAAACGGGUGAAGAGGCUGUCCCAGUCAAUGGAGAGCAACUCAGGAAAAGUGACAGAUGAGAACAGUGAGUCUGACAGUGACACAGAGGAGAAGCUGAAAGCUCACAGCCAGCGCCUGGUCAACGUGAAGUCCCGCCUGAAGCAGGCGCCUCGGUACCCAUCACUUGCCCGGGAGCUCAUCGAGUACCAGGAGAGGCAGCUCUUCGAGUAUUUUGUGGUUGUGUCUUUGCACAAGAAGCAGGCUGGGGCUGCCUACGUGCCAGAACUCACCCAACAGUUCCCUCUGAAGUUGGAAAGAUCUUUCAAGUUCAUGAGAGAGGCUGAGGACCAGCUGAAGGCCAUUCCCCAGUUCUGUUUCCCUGAUGCCAAGGAUUGGGUUCCUGUCCAGCAGUUCACCAGUGAAACGUUCUCAUUUGUCUUAACUGGAGAAGAUGGGAGCAGAAGGUUCGGUUACUGCCGAAGACUGCUGCCUGGAGGCAAAGGGAAGCGCCUUCCUGAAGUUUACUGCAUUGUGAGCCGCCUCGGAUGCUUCAGCCUCUUUUCAAAGAUAUUGGAUGAGGUGGAAAAAAGACGAGGCAUCUCUCCUGCCCUGGUUCAACCACUCAUGAGAAGUGUCAUGGAAGCUCCUUUCCCAGCCCUGGGCAAAACCAUCCUUGUCAAGAACUUCCUGCCAGGUUCAGGAACUGAGGUGAUCGAACUGUGCCGCCCGCUGGACUCCCGGCUCGAGCACGUGGACUUUGAGUCUCUCUUCUCCUCCCUCAGCGUCCGCCACCUGGUCUGUGUGUUUGCCUCCCUGCUUCUGGAGAGGAGGGUCAUCUUCAUCGCAGACAAGCUCAGCACCCUGUCCAAGUGCUGCCACGCAAUGGUGGCGCUGAUCUACCCCUUCACCUGGCAGCACACCUACAUCCCGGUGCUGCCACCCGCCAUGGUCGACAUCGUGUGCUCGCCAACGCCCUUCCUCAUCGGGCUGCUCUCCAGCUCUCUGCCCCUGCUCAGGGAGCUGCCGCUGGAAGAGGUCCUUGUGGUUGACCUCGUCAACAGCCGGUUCCUCAGACAGAUGGAUGAUGAGGACUCCAUUCUGCCCCGGAAGCUUCAGGUGGCCCUGGAACACAUUCUGGAACAGAGGAACGAGCUGGCUCGUGAGCAGGACGAAGGGCCCCUAGACAGCAGGCAUGGCUCAGAGUCCAGCCCCUUGAAUGAGGUGGUGUCUGAAGCCUUUGUCCGCUUCUUCGUGGAGAUUGUGGGACACUACUCUUUGUUCCUGACAUCGGGUGAGCGCGAGGAGAGAACCCUGCAGCGGGAGGCCUUCCGCAAAGCUGUCUCCUCCAAGAGUCUCCGCCACUUCCUGGAGGUCUUCAUGGAGACUCAGAUGUUUCGGGGCUUCAUCCAGGAGCGGGAGCUGCGCCGGCAGGAUGCCAAAGGUCUGUUUGAGGUCCGAGCCCAAGAGUAUCUGGAAACACUCCCCAGUGGAGAGCACAGCGGUGUCAAUAAGUUCCUGAAGGGACUAGGCAAUAAAAUGAAAUUUCUCCACAAGAAAUAACUCUCAGCUCAGCCUCAAGGGAAAACUUCCUGCUAGUGCAGCUCCAUGCUUUAAAAGCAGUUCCUGGUGGCCUUUCUGAAAGGCUGGCUCCCAGGUUGUCCUGGUGCAGAACUGGAGGCCACGGUGGCUUCUGACUGAGGCUGGGCUUUCCCCUGGACGGGGGCCUGGGAGCCACCCGGGAGGACAGCCCCGGAAAGGGAGCCCGAGACCAGGCGUGUCACCGACAUGCAAAUGGGUUGUUUUGGUGGUUGGGGUUUUUUUUUUAUCUUAGAUAUUAAAAGUAAGAAAAAUGUGUGGGUUUUCUGUUUAUUAUGCCAAGGCCAAGAGGAGCCUGUCCUGCCCUACAUGUUCCCCUUGUUCAUCCCAUCCAACCACUCAGCAAUGGAGCUAAGAGGUACGGUGAUGGGCAACAGAAAUGAGGUGCUCCUCUGGGCGGGGCUGAGGACACACGAGGACUGUGAGGGGAGGAGGCAGAGCCGGUGCCUCGGGUUCAGGGUGCGAGGCCUCCUGGUGAAAGGCUGGGCCCUUGCCCUAGAGUGGAGGCCGGGGAGGGACGGGACCUGUAGACGGAUGUGGCUUCCCAGACAGGCUGCACUUCCAGAAGGGUCAGUGAUGCCACCUGGUGGCCGAGGCCAUGGACGUCUCUCUUCCCAAAUGGACCUGACUCUUCUUGACCGCCUGUUCUCUUAGAAGCAGCCAUGAACUGUCCACUGCCUGAGUAGUCCCUGGCGUUUACAGGCACACACGAAAAGAGGAAGUCUGUUAGUAAACUGUUCUGGGGGUCCUCAAGUUUAUGACACUGCCUACGGCCCACCUUCCAACACAUAGCCACAACUCUGACCCCAUUCCCAUCUCAUUCCAGGGGCCCAGAGCAGCAGCAUUCAUGGAGUAGUGGAUGUGCACUGCGUGUACACGGUGGGGGCGGGGGGACCUUUUGCGACAGACGGUAACAAGAUGGAGGGUGAGAACGCUGGGGCAGCGUCAU